CCUGCGCGUUCUCAGUGGGUCUCUUCGUGUCGGGUCCGGCGCGAGUCCUGGGUCCGUAGGGAGAUCGCCAUGUCCCCGCAGGCCCCGGAGGAUGAGCAGGGCGGCGGCGAUCCCCCAGGGGACCUCCGCAGCGUCCUGGUCACUAGUGUCCUUAACCUUGAGCCGCUGGACGAGGAUCUCUUCAGAGGAAGGCAUCACUGGGUACCCACAACUCAGCGGCUGUUCGGGGGUCAGAUUGUGGGCCAGGCCCUGGUGGCUGCAGCCAAGUCUGUGAGUGAAGAUGUCCAUGUACAUUCCCUGCACUGCUACUUCGUUCGGGCAGGAGAUCCAAAAGUGCCAGUACUGUACCAGGUAGAACGGACACGAACAGGGAAGAGCUUCUCCGUGCGCUCCGUGAAGGCGGUGCAACAUGGCAAGCCCAUCUUCAUCUGCCAGGCCUCCUUCCAGCAGGUCCAGCCCAGCGCGAUGCAGCACCAGUUCUCCAUGCCCCCCGUCCCCCCACCUGAGGAGCUGCUGGACCACGAAGCCCUCAUUGAGCAGUAUUUGAGGGACCCUAACCUCCAAGCAAAGUACCGAGUGGGACUGAACCGAAUCGCUGCCCAGGAGGUGCCCAUUGAGAUCAAGUUGAUAAACCCACCCACUGUGAGCCACCUGCAGACCGCGGAGCCCAAACAGAUGUUCUGGGUGAGAGCACGGGGCUAUAUUGGGGAGGGCGACAUCAAGAUGCACUGCUGCGUAGCUGCCUACAUCUCAGACUACGCCUUCCUGGGCACAGCCAUGCUGCCCCACCGGUGGCAGCAUCGGGUGCACUUCAUGGCCUCCCUGGACCACUCCAUGUGGUUCCACACCCCUUUCCGAGCCGACCACUGGAUGCUCUAUGAGUGCGAGAGCCCCUGGGCUGGUGGCUCCCGGGGGCUGGUGCAUGGGAGGCUGUGGCGUCGGGACGGGGUCCUGGCUGUGUCCUGUGCCCAGGAGGGCGUGAUCCGAGUGAAGCCCCAGGUCUCAAAGAGCAUGCUGUAGCCAGAGGUCCCAGCCUGGCCUGGGCUUCAGGAUCUCCCUUGCCCCCCACUCCUGAGCUGGGAGGUAUAUUUGGGGGCUGAGCCUCCUGUCCCUCACACCCAAUAAAGAGACUGAUACUACUGG